AACAUGUAUAAAAGGAAGAGGUUCAGUCCUCCCCAGCGUGGUCUUUGCAGGCACAGGACAUCACUCCGUGGCAUCAUGUGGGCCAAGAAUAUUACGGGGAACUUUGCUAAUGUGAUCCACGGGUUGAAUCCGAGCCACCUAACCGACCGAGUUGUUCAGAGGAGCAAACGGAUGAUUUUGGAUACUUUGGGAGUCGGGCUGGUGGGCACCAGAACCGACGUCUUCCAGAAGCUCAUCCAGUACAGCAAGAUUUACAGCUCGGAUUCAUCCAGUUCUGUCUGGGGAUGCUCAACGCUCAAGCUGCCUCCGCUCUACGCAGCACUGGUGAACGGUGUGGCGAUACACUCCAUGGAUUUUGAUGAUACGUGGCAUCCAACCACCCAUCCGUCGGGGCCAGUAUUGUCAGCCCUCAUGGCCGUCGCCGAAGGUGUGGCCGAAAAACAAAGGAUUUCUGGCUGCGACUUGCUUUUGGCUUUCAACAUUGGGAUCGAGGUGCAAGGCAGACUGAUGAGCUUCUCCAAGGAGGCCAGCAAUCUUCCUAAAAGGUUCCACCCACCCUCCAUUCUCGGUACCAUGGGAAGUGCUGCAGCCACCGCAAAACUCCUGGGCCUCAACCAACUCAAGUGUAAGGAAGCCCUGGCUGUAGCCGCUUCUUAUGCCGGUGCCCCGCUGGCCAACGCAGCCACACAGACCAAACCACUUCACAUGGGCAACGCCAGCCGGCACGGCGCGGAAGCGGCUCUCUUGGCUUCUCUGGGCCUGCAAGCCAGCAAGCUGAUUCUGGACCUCGAGUCAGGAUUUGGGGCCUUUUACAUGGAUUACCUGCCCCAGACACUGCCCAGCCUGCAGUCCUACUCUUGGUUGCUGGACCAACAAGACGUGGCCUUCAAGAGCUUCCCGGCGCAUCUGGGGACACACUGGAUGGCCGAAGCUGCCCUGGCAGUAAGGAAGCACCUUGCCCCGAGUGGGGAGUCUCUGCCCACUAGCUGCAUCAAGGCCAUCGUGCUUGAUGUCCCCAACAUUAGAUAUGUUAAUCGGCCGUUUCCUUCUUCCGAACAUGAAGCCAGGCACUCCUUCCAGUUUGCCGCGUGCUCAGCGUUGCUGGAUGGCUUCAUCUCAGCCGAAUCCUUCACACCGCAGAGACUGUCCAGGCCAGAGUUGAAUGACCUCCUCCAAAAAACCAGCCUGGAGCAUUUUCCGGACAAUCUCCCCAGCUUCAACAGCCUUUACUGCGGGGUCAAAAUCAUCCUCCAGGAUGGAGACACCUGGGCAGAGCGUUGCGAAACCUUCUACGGGCACUGGAGGAAGCCCUUGAGCCGCGGGGAUUUGGUGAAGAAGUUCCACAACAAUGCCAUUUCUGCAGUCUCCCCAGAAGUGGCCGAAAGCAUUGUAGAAGCAGUUGAUAAGCUUGAAUCCCUGGAUGAUUGCGGGGAGCUAUUCUCACUUCUUCGAGGAGCUGAGCUGACAAAAGAUUUGCGGCAACGUAAGAGGGAAACUUUGUGAGACCUACCUGGUCCCAGAAGGACCUUCCAGGCCUGGCCUACAUGGUCAGUUACGACCUAGCACCGUGAUGGCGAACCUAUGGCACGCGUGCCACAGUUGGCACACGGAGCCAUAUCUGUGGGCACGCGAGCGUUGCCCUAUCUCAGCAUGUGCAUGCCAGCCAGCUGAUUUUUGGGCCUUCCGGGCCCACCGGAAGUCGGGAAAUGGGCUGUUUCUGGCCUCCAGAGAGCCUCCAGGGGAGUUGAGGAAGGCUGUUUUUGCCCUCCCCAGGCUCCUAGAAAGACUCUGGAGCCUGGGGAGAGUGAAAAACGGGCCUAUCGGGCCCACCAUGCCAUCGUGUGCCAAAAGCGGGGGGAGCGCGGGGGGUCGCACACGCCUGCAUAGAAUUAUGGGUGUGGGCACACAGACACGUGACCCCCCCACACUCUCCCUACUUUUGGCACACGUUGACAAAAAGGUUAGCCAUCACUGACCUAGCAUUAUCUGAGCUUCGUUGAUUCCUGUCUAACCUUAGUAUAGUUAGUCCUCCAUUUACAACAGUUCGUUUAGUGAACAUUCAAAAUUACAACAGCACUGGAAAAAGUGACUUACGGCCAUUUUUCACACUUAACGACCAUUGCAGCAUCCCUGUGGUCACGUGAUCAAAAUUUGGACAUCAUGUGAUCCCCUUUUGCGACCUUCUGACAAGCAGAAUCGGUGGGGAAGCCUGAUUCACUUAACAACAGUGCUACUGACCGAACACCUGCGGUGAUUCGCUUAACAACUGUGGAAAAACAGGUCAUAACAUGGGGCAAAACUCACUUAACUGUCUUGCCUAGCACCAAAAAUGUUAGCUCAAUCGUAAGUCAAGGACUACCUGUACUAAGAUAGACGGUUUGGAUAGACAUGGUAACAGGUCAACCAAUGGGGACUGAUUGGAAACUGAAACAUAGUAUUUGUUUGUAUGGGGCCAUAAGAGACAGUUUGGAGGCUGGGCGUGGCUUAGCCUUGCUGAAUUGUAUAUAAGAGUUGGUUUGGCCUCUAUAAUGGGAGCUUCUGUACAAUAUAUUUGCCUUUGUAUCUCUCUACUCUGUAUUGACUUGCUUCUAUGAAUAUUGCUUCUCUGUUCCUGAUAUUGUAUGCUGAAUUCUCCUGUAUGGUAUUGUAUAUAAAGACAUUUUCUUAU